GCCGUCGCGCACGCGGAGAGCGGCCGCCGGACAGCGCGCGCUCGGGCGGGCCCAGGCGCGGCCAUGGGGGCGGCGGCGGCCGAGGCGAACCGGACGCUCUUCGUGGGCAACCUGGACCCCAGGGUCACCGAGGAGCUCAUCUUCGAGCUCUUCCACCAGGCGGGGCCCGUGAUCACCGUGAAGAUCCCCAAGGACCGGGACGGACGACCCAAGCAGUUCGCCUUCGUCAAUUUCAAGCACGAGGAGUCGGUGCCGUACGGGCUGCAGCUGCUCAACGGGAUCAAGCUGUACGGGCGGCCCAUGCGCAUCCAGUUCCGAUCAGGGAGCAGUCAUGCAGCCCAGGACACCAGUCCAUCCUGUUUGCCGCUCGGAGCUAUUGGUGCCAUCUCUCCUGGAAUGCCACAUCCAGCCUCCAACUGCAGCAGAUACGAGAGGGUUCCUGAGGGCGCCGCCGCCGUGGGCUUCCCACCGAGCCUGCAGAGACAAGCAGUGAUGAACAGCAUGGCGCGGCAGCAGCCCCAGUUCGGCGGCAAGUACGAGCAGCCUGGCUUCGCCCCUCCCGGCUACCCCCCUGCCUUCCACGCCCCGCCGCCGGGCUCCCCGAUGUCGCGGCGCACCGAGGGGCCGGCGCUGCGCAAGGGCCGGCUGGGCGCCCACCCCUACCCGCCCGACAGCCGGCACUUCGGCCGCGAGCGCUUCGGCCCCGACUACGGCCGCGGCAAGCGGGACGACUACGGCUUCGAUGAGAGGGGCCACGACGCCGAGCACCACUACCGGGGCAGCCGGGACGAGCCCUACGGCGACAGGCACCGCGACGGCUGGAGCCACGACUACGACCACCGCAGGGAGAGCUACAGGGAGGCCAAGUGGCACCCGGCACGGCACUGACGGACUCUGAGGGCAAAGCAAACGCGACCCGUUUCUUACUGAGUACUUGUAUAAAACCCCUUUCCCUGCAAAAAAAAAACCAGUGACCUUUUAGUGUUUGUAAAAAUACCAGCAGCACAGUCCUGCCAAACUCUGGUCUCAGUUUUAAAUGUGUUAACUCACACCUCAGGGCUUCUCAGGGGGAAAAGAAAAACGCUGGUUUGAGAAACCA